AACAUAGAGCAAAGGAGGUCUGGAACCAUACCUAGCACAAAGUAACUGGCGACAUCAUUUGGACAUUCUCGAAGAGGAUAUUAAUCUGACGCAUUAGCAUCUUGCUGUUGAAGGCGAGUGUCGCAGACAGCAGAGCAGCAUGGACAAGCCAGAGAUGUACAGUCGCAACGGCGCGGACCUCGUGGUGACUGCAACGAAACAUGCUGAACAACUGUGGCCGCUGCUCACGUGGCCAGAGCCGCCAUUGCCCGCGCUAGACAUCGGCUGCGGGCCCGGCGACAUCGCCAGCAAGGUUUUAGCCCCGCGGCUGCCACCUGGCACGAAACUGGUGGCCUGCGACAUCAGCCCAGAGAUGGUAGAGUUCGGCAGGCAGCACAACUCACACGCUGGCGCCAUCACUUUCGAGCGCCUGGACCUUUUGGAACCUGAUCUGGAGAGCUCCGCCGUGUGGCAGUACACGCCCUUUGGCAAGGUGUUCGCCUUCAUGCUGAUGCACUGGGUGCCUGACACCAGGCGUGGUGUCCAGAAUGUGCACAAACUGCUGUCCGUAGGCGGAGAAGCUGUUUUCACAAUGAUAGCUAACAUGGGACUUUUCGCUGCGUAUGAAGAAAUGGCGAAAGACCCUCGCUGGGCGCAGUACAUGCAGGACGUGGAGAAGUUCGUAUCGCCAUACCAGCACAGUGAGGACCCAGCCAGCGAGUUCCGUGAGCUGCUGCAGAGCGAGGGCUUCCAGGUUCUGCGCUGUGACUUGAGUCCGCACUCGUUCGUCUGCGCGUCUGAGGCGGAACGCAGAGAUCUCUUGACAUCGGCGUGUGCAUUCGUAAACCGCGUUCCAGAAGACCUAAAGGAGGAUUUCAUUGAUGACUGGAUACAGCGUGCAGAGAAACUGAAAGGAUUAUCAAAGGAUACGGAAGGGCCAAAGUGCUACAUCGACAUUGCAUCAUUGGUGGCCGCAGCCAGAAAACUGUAGACGAAAAUAUUGCACCUCUCUUGAAACAGGCAUCACUCAAUUUCUUUUAGAAAACAUUAUGGUCUGCUAAUGACACAACAGGUUCCUCAGUGAGUCUGUUUUUAAGAGAAAGUUCAUGGUCGAUAUUUAUACAAAAUAUUUUAUUAUUUUAUGCUAACCCACAGUGAGUAGAAACUGUAGGUCAAAUAAAGAAAAUUUCAUGUAUUGAAAAUUAUAUCCCUCAUCGUGUAAUAAAUACUUACAUCGGCGUGUAA